ACCACACAUUAAUUACGUACUCUGUAAUUUCCGUCAGUAACGAGUGUUCUGUCUUGCAAUAUUACUACUUUUAUUGGUAUUAGUAAUUGAACUUAGGGUGGUUAUUUGGUCUGAACUGUUCGGUUUUACUCGAAACCGGACCGUAUAACCCGGACCGGGACCGGAUAGCAAAUAAUCCAAUAUCAUAUUCGGGCUUAGAUUUGAGGUAAAAAACCGGAUAAGAGAUCAUCAACACCUAAAAUCAAGAUAAUUGAGACCGGACCGGGUAAAGACCGGACCGAAUCAAGACCGGACUGUAUCCAAUCCAAUCUUUGAUCCUUAUAUUCUCGAAAAGACUGGACUGGAACCGGAUCAAUUUGGUCAAAUUUAACCGGACCGGACCGUAUAGCCACCCCUAAUUGAACUUGUAUUACCUUGAUGAGUACUACAUACGUCCCUUCACACAUCUCAUAAUCAAAAUGAAAGCUAGACCCAUGGCUGCGACUAGAUUAUUAUCGGAGCUGUCCAUCUUUGUGCUGAUCGCCGCCGCGGGGGCAACCACCGCCCAAACCCCCGAUGUGGUCUCCGCGCGAUGCUUCAAUGGGAACGGGCCGGGCGACCAGCUGGCACAGGCAGUGCAGAUAAAGAAAUCCCUCAUUCAAGAUUUGAUCGCGAAGUUGCCGGAUAGAAGCGAGCCGUACUACUGCAACGAGCUGACGCUGGACGGGCUGAAGAUGAACGGUUAUGCGGAGUGCCGCCUUUCGGGACAGCAACGGAGGCGCCAGCAGGAGAUUAUGCACCGACUGCUUGGCUUUGGUGGGUAAUUUCCUCAUUGGCCGCUGUGGACAAACCGGCGCCGGCUACGCCUACGAUUUUUACGGGGCGUGUUCUUUUAAGGUUGGAUACUCCUUGGAUGUUUGUCCCAACGGGACUUACUAGCUAAGUUAAUUUCAGAGGUGUGGAGCGACGUGUCGCCGUUCAGCAAGCUAAGUAUAUGAAAAUGGCGAAUUUCUUAAUCUUGAUUUGAAGCCGAACGGAAUGAAAAUGUUGUGUGAUA